AUGUCUGCGUUUUCCUUGGACGAAGAGGUCCGACUAUACACGAACAACGCCGACCGGGAGAAAUACAACUCGUUGGCUACCCUGUUUGGAAUCAUCAUCGCAUUGGACUUUCUGGAGCGAGCGUAUGUUCGCGAUUCCGUCACCGCAACAGAGUGUGUCCCUUCUCGAGCUGCUUUGUUCGAUCUAAGGCGUGUCGAAGAGAUACUCUCCAGCAUGCACUCGACUCCUUUCGCAAUAUCAGAUCAUCUCAAAACUCGUCGAAGACGAUGUACCAUCUAUCGAGCAAUUCAUGAGCCGCUAUCGAGUAUGGACAAUCCAGCAGCACUUCAUCGAAUAAAGGUCGGUGUUCCCGCGACGGUUGAACAUUCCAGCGAAGCAGGCCCGGAAACAGGCAAGUGGGUUGCAGAGACGACGCAGGCACGUUUCAGCUUCAUCACUUUCAUGGAUGCUCUCAAGCUUCGUAUGCGUGCAAAGGAUCAACUACAUCCAAUCCUCCAAGAUCUCGUCACAGGAUACGCGCGAUUCAAGGGCAGUAAGGAUUGGGAGGGGCGGAGCAGGAUGGUGGGAUGGUUGAUUACCUUGAACGGCAUGAAGGCCUCCGAGGAACUAUCAGAAGAACAAUCUCGCCAGCUGCUCUUCGACGUAGAUCAUGCCUAUGCAGAAUUCUUUCGCAGUCUCAGCUCCAAGGAAGGCUCAUAGGGUAUCGCAUCUGUACUUCAUCACUGCAAAUCGUAGAAUAUCGAUAAGUAGCCAGAAUUUCGGAUAUAGUCUGGACAUAAAUACGCCAUUACAUAAUAAGACACGGCUGCUGAGAAGUGACGCCUAGUUCUUCCAUUUGUUCUUGGGCAGCUUCCUGCUCGUUCUGACGCAGUUUGAAACGAGCCUCUUCCGGAAACCAAUCGCGCAUAAAGUUGAGCAAAGCCCAAUCAACAUUGGCUGUUGCAUACUGUUAGUCCUCGGGUGGAGAGAUGAAGCACGACACACACAUCGGUCGGCGAGCAAAACGCAUGGGGAACGACACACGGG